AUGUUUACCAGAGCGGUUCAAGAGCAUCCCGAGCGGCAAAAGAAGCCGACUGCACUGCAGCCAAACCGUGACCGAUUAAACUCAACGUUACAGUCACGCAGCCUGGAAUCAAGUUCCCAGCGAAAGGCCGAUUUCACAUCAGAACUCAGCAGAAGCGCUCUGGAUGAUCUUCAUGAUGCGGUAUAUUUUGGCGAAAACGAUUCCGAAAAUGAGGAAUUUCUUGAGAUCGCAUACCAAAUUUCCAAGCCCACACAAUCGAAAUCCGCAUCUCACAAUUCAUCCAUUGCAGAUGCAAAUUCACGAAAAAAUGAUAGCAGCGCUCCCACUGAAGCUAUGCCUUCGAGCAGCUUUCCAAUACCAUGGUCAUCCUCUCCGCCGCGUGAACAGGAGCGUCCAAAUCCACCGCAUCAGCAGCCGAAGAAGAGAACACUACCUUGGGAGGAUGCCAUGCAAGAUAAUAGAGGGAAAUUUGGCCCUUGUUCAGGCUAUUCAAUUACCAAUCGAAAUACCUCCUUCAAGAAGCCCAUGCUGAAAAGCCAUGACGUUCAGCCCACACCACAACCAACCCCUCUUGACGACCAAACGGUCAAAACAGAACAAAUACCCGUGAAAGAGAAGAAACACAUGCCGUGGGAUAAGACUUUUAGUGAUGUCAAAGAAGAACAAAAGGAGCUGAGGAAACAAAUGAAAUCUAAGUCUCUCGCUGCAUCAGAGAAAAGGCUUAAUAACGUUCAGAGACCCUCCAAUACCCGGGUUCCAUCUAUAUUUUUCAGCGAAGAACAGAAUCAGGUCAUUGAGACCAUCGUGAAAGAGGGCAAAAGUGUUUUCUAUACUGGUUCCGCAGGAACUGGUAAAUCUGUACUCAUGCGGGAAAUCAUAAGGCAGUUACGGCUUAAAUAUUCACGGGAUUCUGAUGCCGUUGCUGUAACCGCGUCAACGGGUCUAGCAGCUUGUAAUAUUGAGGGAGUUACACUGCACAGCUUUGCGGGUGUUGGACUUGGGAAGGAGUCAACUCAGGAGCUCGUCAAAAAGGUAAAACGUAACCUAAAGGCCAAGAAUCGUUGGCUAAAAACCAAGGUACUCAUUAUAGAUGAGAUAUCAAUGGUCGACGGAGACUUUUUUGACAAACUGGAGGAACUAGCCCGUAAGAUCAGAAACAACGGAAGGCCUUUUGGUGGUAUCCAGCUUGUUACCACUGGCGAUUUCUUUCAGCUCCCACCAGUUCCGGAAGGUGGAAAAGAAGCAAAAUUUGCCUUUGCUGCAGGAACGUGGAAUACGUCGAUUCAACACACGAUUCUCUUGACGCAGGUGUUCAGACAAAGAGAUCCCGAUUUUGCCAACAUGCUGAACGAAAUGCGACUUGGACGUUUAAGUCCUUCUGCUAUUCAAGCAUUCAAAGACCUCUCACGACCGUUAAUUUGUGGUGAUAACAUCGAGGCAACAGAAUUGUAUGUCAUUGAAAGAGCCUUAGUCUAUAUUUGUUGGAAACUAAUAGUGACACUUUGCAGGUUUCCUACGAGGGCAGAGGUGGAUCGAGCUAACUCCGAAAGAAUGAAUCGCCUUUCAGGAUCAGUCAUGACAUUUCAUGCCGCUGAUUCGGGAGCAAUCAAGGAUGAACAAUUCCGAGCUAAACUAUUGAGCAACUGCAUGGCACCCGCUACUAUUCAUCUCAAAAAGGGGGCCCAGGUGAUGCUUAUCAAGAACAAAGACGAAACGCUGGUAAACGGAUCCCUAGGAACGGUUAUUGCGUUCAUGGAUGAGGCUGGUUUUGAUAAUCAUAUCAGGGAAGGCCUAAAACGUGAAAAUGGCUACUAUGACUUUAAUGAUGAGCCAAGCCAAGCCAAGGAAAAAAUUAAAAGUAUGGCUUUUGACCAAAAAGCCAACACUGGAAGCGUUAAUACAUCGCGGCAAUACCCCCUUGUUGCCUUUAUUUUACCCGAUGGAUCAGAAAGGCAACUUUUGUGUAUGCCCGAAGCCUGGAAGAUCGAGCUUCCCAACGGCGAGGUUCAGGCUCAAAGACUACAGGUUCCAUUGAUCCUUGCGUGGGCGUUAUCAAUACAUAAAGCCCAGGGACAAACCUUGCAACGUGUCAAGGUCGAUCUCGGAAGAGUGUUUGAAAGGGGCCAAGCUUAUGUUGCUCUUAGUCGAGCAACGUCCAAGGAUGGAUUGCAGGUAUCCCGUUUUGAUCCCAAGAAAGUCAUGGUACAUCCCAAAGUGACAGAGUUCUAUCAGAACCUCUCAAGUAUCAGCGAUAUUAAUAGUGGAAGGAAGUCUAGAGUUGCUGUAGAUGGGACCCAUUCGGAUGUGGAAGACGAUUUCGAUUCAAUAGCCCAGUACGUUUAG